GGGAGAGGAAGGAGGAGGAGGAGGAGGAGGAGCGGGAGGAGCGGGAGGAAGGGGAGCGCGCGGCGAGCCGGCGAGCAGGCGAGGCGACGCGGAGCGAGGGUCGAGGCAUUCACCAGCCAUGGACGUGUUCAUGAAAGGACUCUCCAAGGCCAAGGAGGGGGUCGUGGCCGCCGCCGAGAAAACCAAACAGGGGGUCGCAGAAGCAGCGGGAAAGACGAAAGAGGGUGUCCUCUAUGUUGGUUCCAAAACCAAGGAAGGAGUGGUGCAUGGUGUGACCACAGUGGCUGAGAAGACCAAAGAGCAAGUGUCAAACGUUGGUGAGGCCGUGGUGACAGGAGUGACGGCAGUCGCCCAGAAGACCGUGGAGGGAGCGGGAAGCAUCGCGGCUGCCACCGGCUUUGUCAAAAAGGACCAGAUGGGCAAGGGUGAAGAAGGAGGCGCUCAGGAAGGCAUCCUGGAAGAUAUGCCCGGGGAGCCUGACAGCGAGGCCUAUGAGAUGCCUUCCGAGGAGGGGUACCAAGACUACGAGCCUGAAGCCUGA